CUGUACUCUACUGUACUGUGUUAUGCUGUGCUGUGCUGUGCUGUGCUGUGCUGUGCUGUGCUAUGCUGUAUUGUGUUGUGCUGUAAGAAACUUACUUUCGCUGGUAGUCGUCUCGAGUGUAACCUUAGCCAGGUUGAUUGCGUCGCCCAGUGGGCGGCAAUGACUCGAGACUGAAUUAAAGCCGCCCGAGCGUCUCCUUGGUCAAGACUCAAGCUCAUCAUGAGUCGGUCCAUAGCUCGUUCGUCCGAGGCAGACGACGACGACGAGGAGGACGGCAACAACGACAACGAACGCACCAGUCUCUUGGCCAAGACGGCAACGCCCCAAGACGAGAACAACCGCAACAUGGGGGUUUUCACGUCGUUUCAGAGUCAUGUCUACUCGAGGGCUCCGUCUUCUCUCGAUUUGGCCUCUUCAGACGCGAUAGACCACGACAGUAUCGCCUUGAUCAGAGACCCCGUGGAUGUCGAGCUGGCUGACAAGAAGCCUCGCGAACUUGACGAAGAUGGCGAACAUGACGACCUAAGGAAGUCCUCUGACUCUGACUCCGAGGUCUUCGAGUCCGGUGUUGGCAAAAUCGAGGCAGCGCAAGCCCUAUGGGGUAGAAAGGGCAGAUGGCUGGUGAUCCUUGGUCUUGCUCUGGUCAUGAUCAUCUACGAGAUCGACAACACAACCGUCAGCAUCUACAACAACUACGCCACCUCGUCCUUCUCGGCGCUCUCCAGGCUGGCAACGCUCAGCACCGCAACAGCCAUCGUCUUCGCCGUCGUCAAGCCGCUCAUCGCCAAGCUGUCCAACGUCGUCGGGCGCGGCGAGGCCUACAUCGUCGCCAUGUCCUUCUACGUCCUGGGCUACGUCCUCAUGGCCUCGUCCGCCUCCUUCAACGCCUACGCGGCGGGCGCCAUCUUCUACGCCAUCGGCCAGUCCGGCACCAACAUCAUGAACGACAUCAUCGUCGCCGACAUCACCACCGCCCGCUGGCGCGGCUUCGCCAUCAGCUUCCUCUUCUUCCCCUUCCUCAUCACCCCGUGGGCCGCCGGCUUCAUCGUCGACGACGUCGUCAGGCCCGGCGGCAUCGGCUGGCGCUGGGGCAUCGGCAUGUACGCCAUCCUCAUGCCCAUCAGCUCGGCCGUCAUCAUCUCAACGCUGCUCUACUACCAGAGGAGGGCCAAGAACAGGGGCCUCGUCCCCAGAAAGAAGAAGACGACCCUCCACGGCUUCUGCUCCCAGAUCGACCUGGGCGGCUCGCUCCUACUGUGCGCAGGCUUCGCCAUGGUCUUGGUACCCUUGACCCUGGCGGCGAACAGCUCCUCCGGCGGCAACAGCUGGGGGACGCCGUACACCGUCGUCCUAGUCGUCAUUGGGGGGCUCGUCCUCGCCGCCCUGCCCUUUUACGAGAAGUUCGCCGCGAGGAACCCGAUCCUGCCGCCGCACUAUUUCCGCAACCGGACCAUCGCUCUCUGCCUCUUCCUCAUCGCCAGCGACUCCGUCGGCUUCUCCAGCACGCACACAUACCUCUACUCGUGGGCCACGGUGGCCCGCGGGUUCACCGCCCGCGACGCCACCUUCUUCCAGUACACGCACGGCGUCAUGCAGUGCGUGACGGCCAUCACCGGCGGGCUCGCCAUGGCGUACACCCGGCGGUACAAGUGGUUGCUCGUCUCGGGAGCGACGGUCCGCUUCAUCGGGUACGGCGUCAUGCUCCGGCUGCGCGGCGCCGAGAACUCGGUCGCCGAGAUCUUCAUCGUCCAGGUCAUCCAGGGCCUGGGCUCCGGCUUCAUGCAGCUGUCGAUCCUCGUGCCCGCGCAGAUCGUCGUGCCGCACCGCGAGAUGCCCCAGGUCACCGCCCUCGUCAUCUGUUUCGCCGUGCUCGGAAGCAGCAUCGGCGGCUGCGUUGCCGGGGCCAUCUACUCCAACACGUUCAAGCCUGCGCUGUAUCGAUAUCUCGGGGCCGGGGCUUCUUCCCAACUCGUUGACUCCUUGUUCAACUCGAUUGUCGGCACAGCCCCGGCAUGGGGCACUCCGGAGAGAAACGCCAUCAACCACGCGUUCACGGAUGUGAUGAAGUACAUGGUCUACACUGCCGUUGGAGCAUCAACCCCCGGUGUCAUUCUGGUCUGGCUUCUCCCGAAUUAUACGUUGCCUGACCGGAACAAUAUUGUCGAAACUUGAAAUGGGAAACCCAUCGGUUUGCUUCAAGAGGCUCUAGAUUUAGGGGUAUCCGGGACGAGAUGAGUAACUUGUGUGGUUCUCAUCCCAAAUAGACUUGUAGGGAUUUACAAGGCGUUCAAUACUUCCAACGCUGUGAUAGAUAGCGGCUUGGCUUUCCAGUCAUAUGGCUGUCCUUAGCGGUCUCUUUGAGCGCAUCGCCCUGUUAUCAAGUGGGUGAUGUUGGUGUACAUGCUGCUGUGUCAUGACCAGGUCUCUGACACAUUGCCAUGACGAUCGAAAAUAUACCAACCAAACCCAGAUGUAGCGAAGGAAAAGGUGAACAUGUCAGGACAUUAACUUAGAUUGAUACC